AUGACGAAGAAAGGGGGUGGUUCAAAGAAAGCUGGGAGAACCCCUCCGAAGAAGCAUGUUGUGAAACCUAGUGCAAGUGGUAGUAGGAAGAAGAAGAGGCAGAAGCUGGUGUACCAGGAGGCAAGUGAAGAUCUAGAUGGCGUACAAUGCAGUGAGGAGGAAAGUAGUGAAGAGGAGUCCUCCUCUGAGGAGUGCUCUGCUUCAUCUUCUGCGUCAUCUACGGAAGGGUCAGAAGGUCAUUCCUCGUCUUCAUCUUCUUCGGAGGAGGAGGAAGAGCCAAGAAAGAGAAAGAGGAAGAAGUCCUCGAAGAAGGCUUCGAAGAAGGCCUCGAAGAAGGUUUCGAAGAAAAGGAGCAAGAGUGCCGGGGAGAUUGUCAAGGCACGUAAUCGUGUUGUCUUGACGCAUUUAGGAACUUGUGAAAAGGCCCCUAAAAUUAUUUGCAGGGUCGAGUCGUUCGUCAAGUUAAUCAAGAAACUGGAUGAUUCAAGACGGGAAGAAGUAGAGAAAAUGGGUUUCUCGGGGUUGUUGGAAAUGAAGUUGGGGAAGUUUGACAGGAGAUUCUGUUACUGGUUGAUGACCAGGGUAGAUGCUGAGGGCCAUGUAGAGUUUGGGGAUGGGAAUGUGUUCCGGUUUACCCCCGCAACAUGUUCAAAGGAUUUUUGGGCUGCCAAUGGGAACGAAGGAUGUUCCUGCACCUGUGGCAAUUGA